CAACGGUCAUCGUAGAUCGCAUCUGAUAAACGGCUCAAAAAGCAAAAAAAAAGAAAUCUCUGUGAGAAGAAGAAAAGAUGCAACCGACAGAGGCGACGCGUCCGGCGACGGCGGAUCAGAGCCGGCGUCUGAAGGACGAGCUAUCGGAGAGUAUGAGCUUCAGCAGCCAAAUGAAGAAGGAAGACGAGGAGCUGUCGGUGAAAGCGUUGUCGGCGUUCAAGGCCAAAGAAGACGAGAUCGAGAAGAAGAAGAUGGAGAUCAGAGAGCGAGUUUUAGCUCAGCUCGGCCGUGUUGAAGACGAGACCAAACGUCUCGCUUUGAUCCGCGAGGAGCUUGAAGGAUUUGCUGAUCCCAUGAGGAAGGAAGUUACUUUGAUCCGGAAGAAGAUUGAUUCGCUUGAUAAAGAGAUAAAGCCAUUGGGGAAUACAGUUCAGAAAAAGGAAGUAGAGUACAAGGACGCACUUGAAGCAUUUAAUGAAAAGAACAAGGAGAAGGUGGAGCUGAUCACCAAGCUACAGGAGUUGGAGGGAGAAAGCGAGAAAAUGAGAUUAAAGAAGCUGGAAGAGCUAAGCAAGAACAUUGAUCAAACCAAAGGUUAGUGUUGGACGAGCAGACUCACUUGGAUUGGGCUAUAUGUGGUAAAUCAUGGUUAGAGUAUUUUCUUUGUUCUUCCUUCUAUCACUCUAGUCGUCUAUCAAAUAUCAUAUAUAUAAAUAUAAAAUAAAAAGUAAUAGUGAAUGGUUUUGAACUCAGGUGUUUCAAAAAACAUGUAACCAGUUUACAAUGUCAAGACAUUAUCGAUGUGAUUUGCAAAUUUGUACUAAUAAAUGUAAAGAACUAUGUUUGUGUCAACUUUUAUGCAUAUGAUUAUAUCAUGAGGCAUCUCAAUUUUCAAA